AUGGAUGAGACAGGCAUGCAGGUCCCCUGUCUUCAGUUGCCUCAGAGCUGUGAAUUAUGUCUGCCCUGCUUUACCAAUGGGGGGGCACUAGUAAGCUCCAAAGCCCCCCAAGUCAGUGGGGUCAGAGUUCAGCUGGAGAUGCAGGCCCUUUGGCAGCAGUUUGACCAGCUGGGAACAGAGAUGAUUGUUACGAAAUCUGGAAGGAGGAUGUUUCCCACAUUUCAGGUGAGGAUCUUUGGAAUGGAUCCAUCUGCUGACUAUGUUCUCCUCAUGGAUUUUAUCCCUGUUGAUGACAAAAGAUACAGAUAUGCGUUCCACAGCUCCUCCUGGUUGGUGGCGGGCCGGGCAGAUGUGGCAGCCCCGAGCAGGAUGCAUUUCCACCCAGACUCACCAGCUCCUGGAGCCCAGUGGGUGAAGCAGACUGUGUCAUUUGACACACUCAAGCUCACCAACAACCUGCUAGAUGACAAUGGACAUAUGAUCCUAAACUCCAUGCAUCGCUAUCAGCCACGUUUCCAUGUGGUGUAUGUGGACCCGACUCCUAACAGCCAUUUAAAUGCCUUUAAGAACUUCUGCACCUUCUCUUUCCCAGAGACAAGAUUCAUGGCCGUCACCGCGUAUCAGAACCAUCGGAUCACGCAACUAAAAAUUGCGAGCAACCCGUUUGCCAAAGGCUUCAGGACCACGAACCCACAGCCAUGUUCAGGAUAUUCAGAAGAGCGGGAUAAAAGUCUCCACAGGAAGGUAGCGGGAGCCUCCUUGCAGUGUGUUGUCCACCAGAGGGCUUGGCUGAGCCUCUUACCAAACCCAGUGAGCAUAGGAAAUGUAGGUCAAAGACUUCUGCCAUCUAUUCUUGAAUUAACAACAUUUUAUGUCAACAUGCUGGCUCAUCAGUACCAGUCACAGUUUUCUCCUGCCUUCAUAGGACAGAAAGCCUCGGUUCCUCGACUGGAGAAGUGUGAACAUUUCCACCCUGGAAAAAACUCCAUAGGACUCACUGUGGAGGGCAACAGUCUGAUGCUUCAAAGGUCCACCAUCUCCACUCCACCCAACAUGACAGCCUAA